UUAUUAUAAGAAAUUACCUUUUCCAUUUCAGCUUCGAACCUGUAGAUUUUUUCCAAAAAUUGGCAAAACUUUUUCCAGAAAAUACAGGCAAGGUAAUGGUCGAAUUCGGAUGGCCGACGCGAUACAACGAAUUCACCGUGGUCCAGAUUUCGAUAAUCUAGCUCUCCGAGUGCUACCCGUAGACACCGGGCCCAAUGUUGUACGACAAGUGGCGAACGCUUGCUUCGCUCGCGUUGUGCCCACACCUGUUGAGUCCCCGUGCUUGGUCGUUGCCUCCCGGGAAGUGUGUCACCUACUGGACCUCCCUGUACCUGACGAAAUCGACAAAUCCUCCGAACAUUACGAAGCCUUUAUAAAGCACUUGUCCGGUAAUUUGGUUUGGCCGCUCAGUGAACCGGCCGCUCAUUGUUAUUGUGGUCAUCAGUUUGGAACUUUCGCCGGUCAGCUUGGUGAUGGAGCAGUAAUAUAUCUUGGAGAGGUGCUCAACCAACAGAAGGAGCGAUGGGAACUUCAGCUCAAGGGAGCAGGUCCAACUCCAUUCUCACGAAGUGCUGACGGACGGAAAGUUCUGCGUUCUAGCCUCCGCGAGUUUCUUUGCAGUGAAACCAUGUACCACCUGGGUGUACCAACGACGCGUGCGUUAAGCGUGGUCACCUCUGACACAAGGGUACCGCGUGACGUGUUCUACACUGGCAAAGUAAUUUUGGAGCGGGCUUCGAUCACUGCUCGUGUGGCACCAACUUUCAUAAGAUUUGGAUCCUUCGAAAUUACAAAACCCUCGAGUUCGUCUCUUGAACGUCAUGGUCCAAGCGUCGGUAAUCGCACCAUAGUUUCACAGUUGACCGCGUACGUGAUUGAAAACUUCUACCCCGCUAUUUGGCAAACACGGGAUUCAUCCAAUCCGGUAACUCUUUAUCUAGACUUUUUCGAGCAAGUGGUUAAAAGAACGGCAGAACUGGUGGCCUGUUGGCAAACCAUCGGAUUCUGUCACGGCGUACUGAAUACGGACAACAUGAGCAUUCUGGGCCUUACAAUCGAUUACGGGCCGUUUGGCUUCAUCGACCGGUUCAUGUGGGACCACGUGUGUAAUGCCUCUGACACUGAUGGACGCUAUAGCUACGCACAACAGCCCUCUAUAUGCGCUUGGAAUUGUGCUCGCCUUGCAGAAUGCUUGGUUCGGGCAGUCGUGGAUGUCACAUCACCUCCGGGACAAUCAGAAAAUGAAGAAUCCCGCAAGUCCCAAGAAACAGAGUUAAUGCAGUGCUUCAUGGAUCGAUUGACAGCCACUUUUAUACCAACGUUUCAGCAAUGCUACGUCGAUAAAAUGAGGAAAAAGCUGGGUCUUCUUGGUCCACCAGUCAUGGGUACAGACGAUUCAGACGAGCAGUUGUUCAAGUCCCUAUUCGACACAAUGGAACAAACUGGUGCAGAUUUCACAAACACAUUUAUUGUCCUGGAGGAAACCGUGGAAUCCGGUGCUUCUAUUGGGGUCGGUUCCUCCGAACCCAUUUGUCUCAGUCCGGACAUCGUAGUCCAAGAAUGUUGUUCGCUCGAUGAGCUUAUGGAUGCCUACGAGCCGUCUAGUUCUGAUAUUCAACAAGAAAUGCUGCUUCGGUUCACUAGAUUUGGCCGACAGUUUUUGGAUCGUUUGAAUCAGACUAAGGUUCUGAAACCGCAAGAGAAGGCAGCUCGAAGACAAGCGCUACAGAACAUGUCAGAAGCUGAUAAGGCGUCGCAUGAUCGAGCUCUGUGGAAAAUCUGGUUAGAUGCGUAUUCCGAGAGGCUUUCGCAUGACAUUCAGGUCAAACCGAAGGCUUCUAUCGCUGACCGAUUAAAAUUAAUGCGCUCAGUGAAUCCACGCAUUGUCCUAAGAAACUACAUGGCUGAAGAAGCGAUCAGAGCAGCUGAGUCUGGUGAUUUCGCGGUUGUUCGACAGCUAUUGGAUGAUCUUCGCCGGCCUUAUUUGUACUCUGACCACCAACUCCACAGAACCCGAUUUAGUGAACACUCCCCAGAAGACAUGACUAACGAACCUGCUACCAGUGGUUCUCACACUCAGCAUCACGCAGUUUGUCAUCGAGUUCGUCCUCCUGAAUGGGCACACGGUUCCUGUUGCAUUGCCUUCGAUUCUGAAUGA